AACAUAAUUUAUUUGUAACAUUCUUGCAAAACUUGAUCGACCCCAUCAUUUUCUUUUAAUUUAUCUCAUCGAAUGCAUUAUAACUCAACAUUAUUGUCGAUGGACGCCGGCGAGGAGCUGCCACCACCACCACUGCCACCUCCGCCUCUUCCGCCACCACCGAUGUUACUAUCCAACGACCUAUCUCCGACCAACUUCUUCAUGCAACAACCUAAUGAUCAAUUGCCAAUGCAAAAUAAUUGUAAUUCUAGUCAAGUUGGAUUUAUUUGUGAUAAUAUUGAUUGGGCUGGGCUUUUAUCAUCGGGCCCUUCGAUUAAUAACAAUAAUGAGUCGAUUGCAACAACGUCAAAUGUGUCGAUAAAUCCUAGGAAUAGGAAUAUGAAUAUGAUGGAAGGUGGUGAACAACAUCAACAACAAUUACAAAUACAAGAACAUAAUUUAUGUAGAAGAGAGAAAGGGAAGAAGAGGAAAUAUGUACCACCUAGGAUUGCAUUUCAUACAAGGAGCACUGAGGAUAUUCUUGAUGAUGGAUUUAAGUGGAGAAAAUAUGGUCAAAAAGCUGUCAAAAAUAGCACACAUCCAAGGAGUUACUAUCGAUGUACACAUCAUACAUGCAAUGUGAAAAAACAAAUCCAAAGGCUUUCAAAGGAUACAAGCAUUGUGGUGACAACUUAUGAAGGCAUUCACAAUCACCCUUGUGAGAAGCUAAUGGAGACGUUGAGUCCAAUUCUAAAGCAACUUCAAUUUCUCUCUAGGUUCUAAAUAAAUAUGUAUUACUCCUAUUAAUUAUACUAAAUGUGAUAUAAUCUAAAUGUCUCAAACUGAAAAAGUAACGUAACAUAUAUAUGUUGGUGUCUAUAUGAACCAACAUAUAAAAUUCUGUAUAGAAAUGUAAAUUAAGAUAUCAUACAGUCGAGAAGAAGCUAGCGAUCGUUUCCAAUGUUACCACGUUAUGUAUUUAUAUGAACCAACAAAGUUCAUUCUUCAAAAAAAUCAUGUGAAUUUUCAUGUG